AUGAACGGCAUCGAAAAUGGUCAAAGCUUUGACCCGGCCUUUGACGCCUUCUUCCAGGCCCCUCCAUCAUCAUCGCCAAAUCAGCCGCUCCAGCAUCUCGGCUCCGACUCUCCGGCGACGCUCGCGCACUUAGGCAAGCUUAAUGCAACCGAUCCCGCUUCCUCCCUCAGCGUCUUUGGUCACGAUGUCAGCAACAUGCAGAACAGCUCGGCGGGCAACAAUCUGCAUCUCAAUAUCUCUGGCCUCUCUGUCAAGAGCGAAGGAGAGCAGCAGCAGCAUCUGCAACAGUUGCAGCAGCAGCAACUUCUUCAGCAGCAGCAGCAGCAGCAGCGACAGCAGCAGCACCAGUCCAACUCGCUCAAUUUUGCCAACGUCCACGCUUCGUCGCCGCAAUCCCAGCUGACCUCACCUGCAGAUGCGUCCUCCUUCAGCAUCCCUGGCGCCUCUGCCACAUCGCCGCUCUUGCAUCCUGACGCCUCCUCCAGUAGCAUCCUCGACGCAAAUCUCGGCGCACCUGCCGCUUCCUCGCCACUGAGAACCGAGUACAAUCUCAGCAACGAGACCGGCGCCGUCAUGUCGGCCGACAUGCGAUCGUACAGCUCGGCAUCCUUCAAGAGCGCCGUCUCUCAGAAUGUCAACAGUCCCACAAAUGGUUUCAACGGCGUCGGCGACCAGAGUAUCGGUGAUACCUCCAUCGACGAUUCCAAUGUCACCAGGGAGUCGGAUGUAGAUCUGGCUGCCGAAAAGCGACAGAGCAGCAAGUUCGUCUACAAGCUGUUUCGCAUGGUCAGCGAUCCCGACUACCAGCAUCUCAUCAGCUGGAAUCGAAACGGCACCAGCGUCAUGGUUUGCAACUUUGAUGAAUUCGCGAAGGAGGUUCUCGGCAAGCACUUCAAGCACAGCAACUUUUCCAGCUUCAUUCGUCAGCUCAACAUGUACGGCUUCUACAAGGUCAACAAGACACCGCGCGGUCAUCGUCAGUCGGUCGACGCUCAGAUCUGGGAAUUCUCGCAUCCCAAAUUCUUGCGUGGACGUCCGGAUCUGCUCGACGACAUCCGCAGGAAAGCGCUGGAUUCGGAACACGCCCGCGUCGAAGCACGAGACCUGCAGUACAGCGUCAGCGUUGGUCAGAUGCAGUUGCGGCAGCAGGUCGACGAGAUGCAGUUCAGGAUCGAGGAGCUCACCGAGCAAAACAUGGCUCUUCGCACCUUUACCACUCAGCUCCGGGACGUGCUCGGAAUGGUGCUCGAUCACGUCAAGAAAGCGAGCGGUGGCAAUGUCGGCUUCGAUGUGCGUGUUCCGACCUUGGACCUACCGUCACCGAUGCCUCCGCAAGGGCUGUGGACACCGCAGGGCCACGAUGGCCCACCUAUCUUUGUGACGGAGCCCGAAUUUGGUGCUGGCGCGGGUCAGAGCGGCCUGCGUAUGGGUCACGGACUGCCGACACAGGCGCCGCAAGGCAUGCACGGCGGAUCACCUGGCUUUGGUGCAACGCCAGAAGGAUUCGGUAUCGCCAGCACGCCGAUCUCACGGCGUGUCUCGGCGAGCUCGGCGCACAGCGAAAGCAUGAUGACGAUGAAUGGCUCCCCGAUGCAUGGCUCGAUGCAUGGCGAAGCGGCCAUGAUGGCUGCGGCAUCCGGGUUGCCGCAUCGUUCAGCUUCGUUUGGAGAAGGGCAGAUGCCUCCCCCGCAAUUCAACAUCGGACGUGGCGGAGGGGUAGCUGCGAACAGAGCAGGCUUAGCAGGACUUGCCAUCGACACAUCAGCGACAGCGAGCAUGUUUGGGCAUGGUGGCAUGCAUCCCGGUGUCAGCCCGACGUCUGCCGGGCUUUCGGCGAGCAACGCCGGUCUGGGCAUGAUGAGCGUGCCAGCCUCGCCAAUUUCUCCGCAGCAUCAGGCCAUGAUGGCGGCCAUCAACACACCGCUUCCUCCUUCCCCUGCGCCAGGCUCCAUGAUGGGAGGGUCACCGUACUUCACCAACAACGGCUUCCCACAAUUUGGUCACAACAACCUCACCAUGGCCGAUCAGAGCUUCUUUGGCCCCGACGGCAGCGAAGGACCUAACGCCAAGGCGAUGCGAACGCCGUUGAAGCGCACAGCGUCGAAUUCGGGGCCGAGUGGACAAGGCACGCCCGUGUUGAUCCAGGCGACAUCACCAGGGUUGGCAAAGAGGAAGUCGCCACUCUGA